AUGGCUGAUAUGCAAGCGAAGAUCGGGCCGUGUGUAUCGACCAAGCAGAUGGAGAUGCGACUACGAGCGAGCUCUCGCAGAUAUAAAAAAGAAGACGAAGACGAAGACGACAGGGACAUGCACGGCGAGGGGUUCUAUCCAGCGGCUAAGUCAAUAUCCCAUCUUCCCGCACCGCUCUUCAAGCGAAAAGAAGAAAAGAAAAGCGACUCCAUCGACGGCUCUCUCUCCCCUGCUGCUUGGGUGCUAAGUGCUACAAGUCGUUGCAUCAAGCCCUGCAAGCUCUCCCUCUCUAGCCAAUAA